AUGUCACUACUCUACGGAAAUAAAAGUUUUUUGUGUUCAUCCCCUGCUAAAAAGCUAUGCAAAGAAGAGAAGAAAGACAUCAACCUAUGGGCACAUCUUCCAAAUGAGAUCCUAGAACUGAUUAUGAAGCGUUUGUGCCUCAAAGAUUACCUUGCAUUGCGUACAAUAUGCUCCUCUUGGAGUAGUACCGUGACUAACGCCAUUGCAAACAAGCAUUGUUGCCCUUUACCUGAACUGCCACUAAUUGUCCUUAGAUCUAAGGGACAAAUUUUCAGCUUGAGAACAGAACGUGAGCAUUGCCUCAAAAUAUCAAUAUUUGAGAGCACAAAGAUUAUCUGUCAUGGUUCAGUUGAAGGGUGGAUGAUUAUGUCUGAUUAUGUUAAUAAUGGAAGUUUAUUAAUCUUCUUCUUCAAUCCUGUGACUAAUCGUAGAGUUUCAGUUUCAUCACCAUUGUACUUACCCUCCAUCUCUCCAAUCCCAUCUAAUCAAUUGUUUAUGCUGAAAAUGGUGGCCUCUUCCCCACCGGAUCAUCAUAAAUCAGGUUGUUAUUUGGCUGGUCUCCUCAACGAUUGUUGUCAUAUUGCAUUUUAUAGAGUCUUUGACAAGUCAUGGAACAUGAUUGAAAUUGAUAGGAUAUUAGGAGAUCAUUUUUCAGAUUUGGAAAUUAUGGGUUUCAAGUUGUAUGCUAGCACUGUCAAACCCGACUCCAUUUUGGUUUAUGAUCUUAAAGAUUUUGGUGAUGGCUUGCCAAAGCCUAAAGUGUCAGUUAUGUAUCCACAAACAUCGACACCAUUUGCAUCAAGAAUAAUUGAUAAUCAACGUCAUGUUUCAGGUGGAGCCAUUUUCUAUAUGGCGAAACAUGAAACAUUAGAACAAUUAUUUCUCAUUUCCAUGAUCGUCACUGCAAGUUAUAAACUAGAAGAUGUUGGCCAUUUGAACCGUAUCAAAGAAUUUGUUACCGCACCUGAGAUGACUGCAGUAGAAGUGUUCAAGUUGAACAUGAAUAAGGAACCAAUUGAGUGGAUAAAGUGUGAAAGCUUAGAUGAUAACGCGAUUUUCGUUAGCCGUUGCAAGAGCAUGGUGAUGUCAAGAGCUUCCCUUAAUAGCACUAAAGAGUCAACGAUUGGAGAAAAUAGUGUCUAUUUUGCUCUUCAAUUCAAAUGUCCUACGGAUCCAUGGAAAGGCGCUCGGUUGGGGAUAAAACACUUGACUGAUAGUGGCAUCAAUUAUUUUUCUGCAGCGGCUUCAUAUCCUAUGUGGUUCGUACCAAGUAUUUGA